CGAUUAGGGUUAGGGUUUUGUUUGGGUUGGAUAUCUUCUUCGGCAUUUAGUCGACCUGCCACCACACUCGCUGUUUCUCCUUCUACCAUCUCUCAAUCCUUAGGUGUUGUCGAGGAGAAGGGAGUGUGAAAAUGGUGGAGAAGACAAAGGGAAGGAAGGAGGAAGUGGUUACCAGGGAGUACACCAUUAACCUCCACAAGCGCUUACAUGGAUGCACAUUCAAGAAGAAGGCUCCCAAGGCAAUAAAGGAGAUCAGGAAGUUUGCACAGAAGGCCAUGGGAACAAAGGAUGUGAGGGUGGAUGUGAAGCUGAACAAGCACAUUUGGAGCAGGGGAAUUCGAAGUGUCCCAAGGAGGAUUAGGGUUCGCAUUGCUCGCAAGAGAAACGAUGAUGAAGAUGCCAAGGAAGAGCUCUACUCUCUUGUUACUGUUGCAGAAAUUCCUGCAGAAGGGUUGAAGGGUUUGGAAACCAAGAUCAUUGAAGAAGAUGAUUGAUUCAUCACUUCUUUUUUUUCUAGAACAAAAACCAUACUUGAGAAUUUUGGUAAGCAUUGAGUGUCAUGAGACUUUAUUAUUAGUACUUUCAGAUUACUUGGUCAAUGUUUGUUCAGAACACCAACUUUGGUAUGUCUUUUGAUUGUAGCGACUCCAUUUAUGUUUUAGUGCGUCUACCUUGCAACAUCA